CCUUGCGAUCGUAAAUACGAGUGACGAUGACGAGGCGUCUUUGCGCGAGUCUGUCGUCGUGCGCCUUCGUAGCGCUGGCGCUGACGCUGGCAGUGGGUGCGACACGCGCGCCCGCACGUGAUGUUGGAGCAGGAGAAGCGACAGGUGUAAGUGAUGAUGCUCUGUGCCCAGCAGCUCAGACACAGGCCGACAUCUUUGGCAUUCGCGACACGUAUACAACAGGGUUGCUGAAACACCACCUUUGCUCUACUGACAGCCGUUGGCUGCUGGCUGAUGAUGACAGCAUCACCACGUCUGGACGAAGCCGCCGCGCAAGAGAUGAUCCGCCGGCCGAUCGCCGUGGUGGCAACGAGCCCGGGCAGCCGGAGUACCGCUCAUUCGCAGCCACAUGCACGGUGGAGAACAACCUCAUCUCCUUCUGCUCAGCGGACCUGCCAACCGUUGACCUGACCUUGCAGUUUGUCAACGACACGGGCCUGAUUCCGUUUGUGGCGGGCCUCAUCCCCCAGGCCCCUACCAAGCUCAGCAUCGUCGGCGCCCCAGACGCCGGCUUUAUUCAGCGGUUCCUCACGCACUGGCACUGGCCGCUGCUGGAGACGCUCAUCUUCAGGCUGGACGCCGGUGCGCAGCCGCUGUCACCCACCUUCUUCGACAGGGCCGGCCGCGUCGGGCUCACCACCCUGGCGGUGCACGGCGCCUCCAUAUCCGGUGUCAACCUGACCAGCAGAAACGACAUUGAGUCCCUUGACCUGUCGGACACGGCCGUGACCGACGCCACCUUUGUCGCCCCGAUGUCGUCCUCCAAGCUGCGCACCCUCAACCUGCGCAACACGGCGUUCGGGGCCCUCAACUUUGCCCACUUGCCCACCUCCCUCGUCAGCGUGAGCGUGGGCGGCUCGCCUGUCGGCUCCAUCUCCAUCGCCUCCACCCGCAGCGCGCUCACCCACCUCUACCUGGACGGCACGAACCUCGGCGGCGAUGCCAUUGAGGGCCUCACCUUCCUGCGCAACCUGCCCAACCUGGUGCACCUGGACCUCUCCUCCACCAGCAUCCAGACCCUGCGCUACACGCCGCCCGUGGACAGUGUUGGCAACAUCAUCCCCGGCCCGCGGCUGGAGAAACUGCUUGCUGCACACAACAACAUCGCCAGCGUGGGCCUGGCCCAGCUGGACGUGCUCCAAGUGGACCUGAGCAACAACCGCGUCACCAUGCUGGCAGGCCUCCCCUCCGCCAUGCGCAUGCUGCAGCUGCAGCACAACGCCAUGGAGACGCUCACCAUCGGCACCGCCAACAACCUCACCAUGCUGGACGCAUCGUUCAACCGCCUAACCCAGCUCGGCAACGUCGUCGCACCAAGCCUGGUCAGCCUCAACCUGGAGAACAACCGCUUCAGCACGCAGCCAUCCGCCCUCAGCACCCUCUUCCCGAAGCUGACCUCACUCAACAUGGGCAACAACACGCUCGCAACCUUCGCCGUCAGCCUGUCCCAACUCACCUCGCUUGUCCUCAAGUCCAACCAGCUCACCAGCGUCACCAGCAUCACUGCACCGCUACUGCAGAGCCUCGACCUCUCCUUCAACAGGCUCUCCAUGCUGGACCUGGACACGCCCCUCUCCCAGCUCACCAGCCUCAACCUCACCCACAACCGCCUGACCACCUUCAACCUGCGUGCGGCCAUUGAGGCCAGCGCAUCCACCCUCACCUCCCUCGACGUCAGCGCCAACGCCCUUACCGAGAUCAUCUUCACCACACCAGCUGCGUCAGCGGACCUCGCUGCGCUGCAGGACCUGCGCAUUGACCGCAACCGCCUCACCGCGCUGCCGGCGCUCCCAUCGCCCAUGUCAGCGCUCGUCACGCUCAUUGCGUCGUCCAACAGCAUCUCCAGCCUGCUGCCCACAGACGCGCCGCUGCAGCUGCUCACCUCCCUCACCUGGCUGGACGUCUCCAACAACAACAUCACCGCCCUGCCCGUGGACGCGCUGGCCGCCAACUCUCAACUGGAGCGGCUCUGGCUCGGGUUCAACCAGCUGCACACCCUCGACGAGACGGUGUUUGAUGCCGUGCCACGCCUCACGGAGCUCCUGCUGCAGAGCAACCAGUUGUCCGACCUUCCCCAGCGGCUGCUGGCGCCACUCACCUCCCUCGGCAACCUGGACCUUUCGUCCAACGACCUGACACGCCUCCCGCACCGCCUCUUCAACAGCACGCAGGCGCUAACCGUGCUUGUGCUGGACCACAACCGCAUCACCGCGCUCCCGCCAGACACGGGCAUCACAGACCUGACCAACCUCACCGUCCUCUCCUGCGCAGACAACGCCCUGCUGCAGCUGCCUGACUUCUCGCAGCUGGUGAACCUGGAGCACGUCAACUUCCGCAACCACUUUGUGCCGGCCAUCUCCCUUGACGCCUUUAUGUACAUGCCGCGGCUCGAGAACCUGUGGAUCAGCCGCGCCGAGGGCGGCGGGCACGCCACCAUCUCCCGCUUCGACCUCGAUCGUGCUGCUGCCAUCCGCGGAGAGACUGGUACUGGCACUGGUGGUGGUGGCGAUGAUGGCAGUGGUGGUGUUCCCGAUCAGUUUACGAACGGCACGGAUCCCGCCAGCAACGCCACGAGCCCGCGCCUGAAGCCGUUCGCCAGUCUGCGCACCCUGGAGGCACUUCACCUGGAACUGCCCACAACACCGCUUUUCCUUGGCGGCGGCGAGCCCUACCUGCGCGACCUCACCGGCCUGUUUAUCGGGUGGCACACGCUGGACGAGGCCACGCUCUCCGUGCGGGCCAUUGCUGCCGUGCUGGGCGACAACGUGCAGCAGUUUGGCGUGGAGCACACCGCCUACACCACGUUUGACCUGACAGAUGUCAAGGCGGAUCUCAACGCCGUGUACCUGAGCUACAACCCCAUGCUCACCACCAUCGUGCUGCCGCAGAGCGUGUUUAUCCUCGGCGCGCAGGAAAACCCAAGCCUGACCAACCUCACCCUGCUUGCCGCUGACAUUCUCGAGGUGAGCCGCUCACGUGUGCCGUACAACCCCACCAUGUGCGACACGUGGGGCCAGGUCACGCUGGGCGCACGCGCGAUGCUGGACGACGCGUCCUAUCGCGCAAACGAGCGCGACUUUUUGGCGCGCUGCCUUGCGCAGGGCACGGUGGUGGACAUUUCUGAGAACACGUGGCUCAACACGUUCACGGCCGUGCGGGCGCUGGAGAAGCAGUUCCUGAUUGGGUCCCGCGAGUUUCGUAACCGCGUGAACCAGGUUGUGUCCACCCGCGCCACACCGAUUGUGCUGCUGCUUCGUGGGGCCCCCAUUGCGUGCUCGCUUCGCCUCGACACCUUGCACGUGUACGACCCGGAGAUGAAGGAGUGGACAUACCGUGUUGGGUACUCGUUUGACUGCGCCUGCAGCAGCAGCCACCGCCAGCGCGGCGAGCUGUGCGUGCCAAAGGCGCGUGGCUUGGGCAGCCGUGCCGUUGCUGGCGUUGCCGUGGCCUCUGUGUUGAUUGGCGCAGCGCUGGGCCCGCUCGUGCUCAUGUACCGCAAGCGAAUUCUUGCCAAGCGUGAAUACAGGCGGCAGCUGGAGACGGAGAAUGAGCUACAGAAGCGGUUGAUUGAGGAGAAGGACGAGGAGGUGAUGGCGCUGAAGAAGGCGUGGGAGAUUGACUUUGACGAGCUUGACCUGCGAGCACGCAUCGACCGUGACUCGACUGGUGCCUUUGGAGCGGUGUGGCGCGCCAAGUGGGACACGGUGACCGUGGCGGUGAAGGUGCUGCGAAAGGAGAUGGUCAUCUACGAUGCACACACCACGGCAGAGUUUGAGAAGGAGGUUGAGUUCCUGCGCACGUGUCGGCACCCGAAUGUCGUCCGCUUCUUCGGCGCCGGGUGCAGUGCUGACGGCUCGCCCUUCCUCGUGCUUGAGCUCAUUGCGCUCGGCUCGCUCCAGUCGCUGCUCACCCGCGACCUUGACCAAGUCAUCGUCGACGUGCAGGCGCGGCUCCGGUCCUCCACCGUCUCCGCCCACACCCUCACUGGUGGCCUUGCUGGUAGCGGCCGGGCCAACCUCACCACGGGGCCGUCGCUGGCAGCAGUACGAACAACGGGCUCUGAGGGCAACAGCGUUGAUGAUGAUGCCAUGUUUGGUGCUGCGAGCGCGUAUGUGGGUGGUGACGGCAGUGUGAACGGCACUGCCAACAACAACGGCAGCAGCAGCGAUGGUGCUUCUGGCGGCCAGGGUGCGGGCGGGCGUGUUCGUGUUCCUGUUGAUGGGGAGGUGACAUGUGCGCUUGAUCUCAAACUGCGCAUGGCACGAGACGUUGCCAGCGGUAUGGCCUACAUCCACUCCCUCGGACAUAUCCACAGGGAUCUGAAGACAGCCAACAUCCUCGUCUCGGCGACGCUCCGCGCAAAGAUUUCCGACUUUGGGUCCAUUCGCGCGUGCUUGCGACGUGCACCGCAGCAGCAUGCCUCGGCCUUCACAUCAUCCUUCCCAACGUCAUCAUCGCCAUCAUCGUCGUCGUUUGACGGCUCUGAGAUGCAGUACUCGCGCGCUACGGCCAUGCAGACGGUGAAUCUGCACAUGACGGCUGCUGUCGGCACGCCGCUGUAUAUGGCGCCAGAGGCGUUCCUCGGCACGUCGUACGGGCUCAAGGCAGACGUGUUCAGCUACGGUGUUGUGCUGUGGGAGCUGGCGACGCAGGGGGACCCUGAUCUCAUCAAGCAGGAACUUGGCGAUUUCACUGGCCCUCUCCUCGUCACAAUGACAAAUCUCUUGCAAGACGGGAAGCGCCUCGCCCUGCCGGAAGACGCAACAGUGCCGGCGUGGUACAGGUCGCUGCUGGACAAGUGCUUUGAGUUUGAGCCCGAGGACCGCCCGUCGUUCCCAGCCAUCAUCACCGCAAUGGACCAGCAUGAGUGCUGAGUGGUCGCGUGUGUGUUUGUGUGUGUUUGUUGUGUGUGUGUGUGUUUGUGUGUGUGUAUGUGUGUGUGUGUGGUGUGUUUGUGUGUUUGAUUGGGGGUUGGCAUGAUAUACACAUUGCCGUUUGUGGUGUUAGAUUUGGAGUGAGGGGACUGGGUUAUACGACGCUUACUCUUUCCCCUCCCCAUUCCGCUCCCCCCACCUUCUUGUCGAUUUUCAUUCGUGGUUACAUUCCUUCCUCUUGUUGGGUUUGCUUGCUGUUUGUUAACUAUGAAUAACAAUGAAUAACAAUG